CGUGUCCUCUGUUGCAGGCACAACAGCUGGGAGCCCGAGGAGAACAUCCUUGAUCCAAGACUCCUCCUGGCUUUCCAAAAGAAGGAACACGAAAAAGAAGUGCAGAAUCGCAAGAGGGGCAAGCGGCCCAGGGGCAGGCCCAGGAAACACGUGGAACCAGAGAUGCCUGCAAAAACUAAGUCAAGUAGCUCCUCUUCCUCCACAUCCUCCUCUUCUUCCUCCUCGGAUGAAGAGGAUGAAAGUGACCUGGAAGCAAAGAGAGGUCCCCGCAGCAGAGAGACUCACCCAGUACCGCAGAAGAAAGCUCAGAUCCUGGUGGCGAAGCCCGAAAUGAAAGACACUUCCAGGAAGAAGCGUGGGCGGAAACCUCUUCCCCCAGAGCAGAAAGCAGCUCGAAGGACCGUGAACCUGACAAAGGUGCUGAAAACGUCCCGGAAGGAGGUGGGUGGCAGCGGCAAGCUGAUGGGGAAGCUGCAGCCCCAGCAGGGCUCACAGGGCUCGGGCAUGGCCGUGCUGAAGGACCCGGCGGGUGCCUUGGCCGGGCUCAGCUCGGGGGGUUCGUCUGCAGAAAACCUGCCCAACAUGAUGAAGAGCGGCUCGGCGAGCCCAAACCGGGCCAUCAGCUGGCAGAGCUCCAUCGUGCACUACAUGAACAGGAUGUCCCAAAGCCAGAACUCGGCAGAGACCUCGCCCCUGGGCAGGCUGGCACUGAAGUCCCAGGCAUCCAGUAAGAGCGGCUUAGGGCUGGACUUAAAAAUGAGGAGCCAGAAAGGAUCUGGGGAGCUUGGGCUGAGCAUGCAAGGACCCAAGACUGCUAAGGCUCCUAGCAGCGGCGCUGGAAGCGACCAGAAAUCAGGGUUUGCUGCAGGAGGCCAAAUGCUGCACAACGGCAGCAAGACACCUGUGAGCUCGUCCGGGGCCAGCAGCCAGCCGACCUCCAGUCAGGAGCUGAACCUCCAAGCUCUAAACCUGCAGAGUGUCAAAAACGGGCCAAGCGUGGCCGGCGGGAGCAGCCUCCCUCGCCACCUUUGCAGCACCCUGUCCAAAGGCUCCGGCACGGCGGGGAGUGCGGGUGCCGGCGGUGCGAAGGGCAGCACGGCGGGUGCCGGGUUGAAUGCUGCCAGCACCAGUGUGCUCUCGGGGGGGGACGGCGGCAAGAGCGAGAAGCAGGCACACCGGGCAGGUGACAGGGACUUGGCCAAAAGCGGCACAGCCGGCACGCAGGAGGGGCACGCGUCUGCGGAGAACCGCAAGCCGGCCGCCCUUUCCGAAAUGAGCACAGGCGAAGAGACCAGCUCAGAUUCGGACCGGGAUUCGGCUUCCUUCCCAGGCGUGGGUCAGAACAUGUCUGUCUCCAUCCAGACCAGCCAGGACUGGAAACCCACCCGCAGCCUGAUCGAGCACGUCUUUGUCACCGACGUCACCGCUAACCUGAUCACAGUGACAGUCAAGGAGUCCCCCACCAGCGUCGGGUUUUUCAACCUACGGCAAUACUGA